AUGGCGGCUGCGUCGGGUUCGGUUCUCCUACCGCGGUGUAUUGUGGCGCCGGCUGGAAGGCACAGCGCCUCUCUGAUCUUUCUGCAUGGCUCAGGUGAUUCUGGACAAGGAUUAAGAAGGUGGAUCAAGCAGGUUUCACAUCAAGAUUUAGCAUUCCAACACAUAAAAAUUAUUUACCCAACAGCUCCUUCCAGGCCCUAUACUCCUAUGAGAGGAGCAAUGUCCCAUGUGUGGUUUGACAGAUUUAAAAUAUCAGAUGACUGCCCAGAACACCUUGAAUCAAUUGAUGCAAUGUGUCAAGUGCUUACAGAUUUAAUUAAUGAGGAAGUAAAAAGUGGAAUUAAGAAGAACAGGAUAUUAAUAGGAGGAUUUUCUAUGGGAGGAUGCAUGGCAAUGCAUUUAGCAUAUAGAAAUCAUCAAGAUGUGGCAGGAGUAUUUGCUCUUUCUAGUUUUCUGAAUAAAACAUCUGCUGUUUACCAGGCUCUUCAGAAAACUGAUGGUGUAAUUCCUGAACUAUUUCAGUGUCAUGGAACUGCAGAUGAGUUAGUUCUUCAUUCUUGGGGUGAAGAGACAAACUUAAUGCUGAAAUCUUUAGGAGUGAGCACAAACUUUUAUAGUCUCCCAAAUGUUUAUCAUGACCUAAGCAAAACUGAACUAGAAAAACUGAAGUCAUGGAUCCUUAAAAAGCUACCAGGAGAAGUGGAAAAGGAAAAUGAAUGAAUUGAGACUAAUUGGCAAAUAUAUAUAUAAAAUGUCUUUGUGAAAAGUGAUUUUUAAUACAAAAUUAUAAUCUGAUAAAUGAUAAUUAAAAUAUUAAGAACUACCAAUGAUUUAUAAAUUAUGUAUUUAUGUUAAAAUGCUUAGUACCAUAGAGUAUAGUAUAAUCUUGCUAAUAAUAAAUAUUAAUAUAGAAAAAUAUUUGUGCACUACUUUUCAGAUACAUUUUUAUAAAUUCUUGGAGAGCUUCUAAGUAUUCUAACAUUUAAAAUAAGGUAUUUUAAAGCAGUUUAAAUAAGGGCAAUGAAAAAACAUGAAAGGACUUAGCAUGAUGUUAUUUUGCCUUUCCAACCACUGUCUUUAAAUUACUUUUAUUCAUGUUUAUGUAGUUUUUAUAUUUAUGUAGAUACUCAUGUUUAUGUAUUUGUCAACAGGAUAAUAUGUUUAUAAAGUGGUUUCACUUUAUAUCACUUAAUCACCACAAAGGCUUGUUGUAGUAGGCAGAGUAGCUUUUAUUAUUAUUAGACAAUAUGGAUUGAAGAGUUAAAGACUUUUCUCAAAGACUCAAGAACCAAGACUAGAAUCAAGGUCUUCCGAGUCUCAAUGGAGUUCUCUUUCUAUUAGACCAAAUUGCCAUUCCACCCUCAGCCUCAGUUUCAUCUGUAAAAUGAUAGUAAAAGUACUUAUUCUGAGGGGUUGUUGCUGAGGUUUAAAUAAAAUAAAUAGCCAGAACUCAGUACAUAAGUCACUUCAUCCUCACAACUUUAUAAGUUUACUAAAAUGUGCAUCAUCACCAUUUUAUUUUAAUAGAAUGUAUAAUAUGUACUCUCUUUUGUCUGACUGCUUUCAUUCAACAAAAUUAUUUUGAGAAAUUUAUUCCUUCUGUUGCACAUUUCAUUUUUGUACACUGAGUAGUAUUCCAUUGGAUGGGUAUACCACAAUUUGUUUAUCCAUUCUUCUGUGAUAGACAUUUAGUUGAAUUUCAGUAAGGGAAUUUUCUCCAAAUCUGUGGCUUGCCUUCUUAUUCUCUUUACAGUAUCCUUCAAAGAGCAGAAAUGUUUAAUUUUGAAGUUCUUUUUUUUCAUUUUUCAUGUUUAAUAAGUUUGUGCUUUUGAUGUCAUUAUUAAUAAAUCUUAAGAAAGCCGAUGUCACCAAGAUUUUUCCUGUUUUUUUCUUUUAGGAGUUUUAUAAUUUUAGAUCUUAUAUUUAGGUCUAUCAAUUUCAAGUUAAUUUUUGUAUAUGAUUAGAAUAAAGAUCAUCAUUUUUGCACAUGGCUACCCAAUUAUUCCGACACCAUUUGUUGUUCUCCAAUGAAUUGCCUUUGCACUGUUGUUGAAAUCAUUUCUCCAGACACUUGUAGGUUUAUCUCUGGACUCUCUUCUGUUCCACUGAAAUGUUUAGCUAUCUUUACACUGUUACUACACUGACUUGAUUACUGUAGGUUUCUGACAAGUCUUGAAAUUAGGUAGUGUAAGGACUACAAUAUUCUUCUUUUUAAAAGUUAUUUUGGUUAUUCUAAGUCCUUGGCAUUUCCAUAUUAAUUUAACAAUUACCUUCAACUUAGGGAGAAUUGGCAUCUUAAUAUUAUUGGGUCUCCCAAUCCUUGAACACAUUGUAUCUCCAUUUGUUUAGGUCUUUAUUAAUUUCUUUCAUAAAUUUUUGUAGUUUUCAGUGGUCAGGACUUUCACAUUUUGUCAUUUUUGUCC